ACAGACCAUGCUUCCUACAGAUAGUUACUCCACUCUCCCUCUCUCUCUCCCACUUCAAACCCUAACAAUCACUCCAUAUAAACAAAUUCAAACUAUAAAAUAUAAUAUUAAAGAUUUACUAGGACUACUAGCAAAAGGGUCCUUCUCUUUUCUCCCUUCUUCUAUAGAAUUCCCUUCUUCUAGCACUCUCUAUCUCCCUUCUUCGUCUACUUGUUGCUCUUUCACUUUCUUACCCCAAAACAAAAAAUGGGCUCAACAAACAAAGUCCCAAUUCACCACCAAACAACCCAAGUCCAUUCUCAACACGAAGAAGAAUCAAGAAGGGCCAUAGUUUAGAGGGGGAGGGGGGUUGUUUUGUGUAGUAAUAUUGGCUACAUUAUGGGAAAAGUGGGAAAUGGUGUUAGUGGUAGCGAAGAGGAGCAAGGAAUAGGUACAAGUGAUGAGAAUGGAGAGCAAAAUGUAGAGAGGAGAUUUUGUUGUUUUGGAUGCAAAGACAAUUUUAUUGUUACUAGGUUUAUUGGUUUUAGAUGUGUUUUUGUACUUUUAUUAUCUGUUGCUGUUUUUCUGUCGGCUCUUUUUUGGUUGCCUCCUUUUAUAAAAUUUGCAGAUCAGGGGGGUCUGGAUCUGGAUUACAGGUUUAAAGAUCAUGAUAUAGUAGCAAGUUUCCUAGUCAAUAAGUCGGCUUCCUUGCUGGAGGACAAUAUAUUGAUGCUUCAAGAUGAUAUUUUUGAUGAGAUGAAUGUUCCUAAUACCAAGGUUGUUAUCCUGUCUCUAGAGCCUUUCACUGGAUCAAACACUACAAAGGUCGUGUUUGGGGUUGAUCCUCUUGAAAAUAAUUCUAAAAUAACAUCAACCGAUCAAAGUCUAAUCAGGAGCUUGUUCGGAUAUUUGGUUGUAAACGACUCAUCUCUCAGACUAACUGAGUCCUUGUUCGGAGAUGCCUUCUCUUUUGAGGUGCUAAAAUUUCCUGGAGGAAUUACCAUUAUUCCACCACAGAGUGCUUUUCUUUUGCAGAAAGUGCGAAUACCAUUCAACUUUACCUUGAAUUUCUCUAUAUUUCAAAUACGGGAGAAUUUUGCCGAUCUGAAAAGUCAACUGAUGACAGGACUUCAUCUAACAACCCGUGAGAACUUGUACAUAAACUUAUGGAAUUCACAAGGUUCAACUGUGGCUCUCCCUACUACUGUUUUGUCAUCAGUUAUACUGGUUAUUGGGAAUACCCCCAGGUUAAAGCAACUGGCUCAAACCAUCAGAGGUCAUUCCAAGAAUCUUGGCCUGAAUAACACUGUUUUUGGUAAAGUGAAGCAGGUUCGUCUAUCAUCCAUCUUGCAACAUUCUCUCCAUGGUGGUGAAGGCAGUGCCCCUUCACCUUCUCCUACAUCUCUUCCUAACCCCCCUCACCACCACCACGGCCACCACCACCGACACCACCACCACCACCACGAUGCCCAUGCUCCUGCAAUUUCACCUGUACCUCCAACUAAGAGAAGCGCACCUGCACCUGUAGAUGGUUCACCUGCACCUCAUAACAGCAAUGGAGCAAAACCUCCUGGUUGUCAAUUUGGGUGUAAAAGAGGGUUUACAGGGAAUGGCAGAAAGGGGUCUCAUUUAGCCCCUUCAAAUGCACCUAGUAGUUCCCCUCACUUUUCUGCUACCUCACCUCAACAUGACAAUGGUCCACCAUCAGUGUCGCCAACCCCUUCACCUAUUUCCCAAACAAUUCCUGCAUCUAGUCCUUUGCCAAAUGUAGUCUUUGCCCAUGCUCAGCCACCAUCAGGGGGUAAACCUGAGGAGCAUCAUGACACAAUGCCGUCAGUUUCACCAUCACCGGCACCAUCUUCAUCUUCUUCAGGUCUUCUCACUGUUCGGUGGUCAAUUGUGCUAUCCCUAGCUGCUCUUGUAUUACAAUUAUAACAAAGCAAAAGAGAAACGGUCUAUUUUCUAGUUAAAAUCACUUCUCUGGGAGUCGAAGGACUCAACUGCAUCUCGCAAUUCAGACAGACAGAACAAACUGGAGGAGUUCAAGUGGGAGCAACGCAAAGGGCGUGCCUCACAUCCAAGUGGAUACAUGUUUUUGUGCGUGUAAAUAUUUGAUUAAAAAGUUCAGCAUGCCGAUGCAUUUUCAGGUCAAAGUCACAGAGGUGGCAGGUCUUUGAUUGCAUUGCUGCUGUUGUACUCUUCUGCAGAAAUGUAAGAAGGAAAAAAAAAAGCCAAAAAAAAAGGAAAAAAAAACAAAUGUAUCAAAUUACCAUUUUGUUUCUCAUCCCUGCCAAGUCAAUCAGGUAUGAUUUUUUAUCCUGAGGCCUUCCUGCUUACUCUCUUUCA